GGAAGGGAGCGAGACGGCGCCCCCUUCCCAGGCCGCUGAUUGGCCCAGACGCGCCGCCUUCCGCCAGCGUCGUGACGUCACGGCCCGCCGGGGCUUGGUAAGCUGGCGGCCGGAGAGGCGUUUGGCGAGUGCAGGCCGCUGGGCGAGCGGUGCUACCCCGCAGCGCUUCACCAUGACCCGUGGGAACCAGCGUGAACUUGCCCGCCAAAAGAACCUGAAGAAGACUCAGGAGAUCCACAAAGGGAAAAGGAAAGAGGAUAGUUUGUCUGCUUCUCAGAGAAAACAGAGAGACUCUGAGAUUAUGCAGCAAAAACAAAAAGCAGCUAAUGAAAGGAAGUUACUACAGUCAGGACAACAAUGAGCAGCCUGUAUGGAGAAUAUUGGAGUGCACCAAUGAAGCAGAAGGGCCUAGAAUAUAUUCAUGCCAGUGUCUGGCCAUUAAAUGAUUUAAUGUCUUAUCUUGCAGAGUUGUUCAGCUAGCAUUAAUGUGGAGGUGUUUUUUUUUCUGGUUGGCAUAGUUGUCUGGAGUGUGACUUCCACGCUGACUACACUUUUCUGCAUGCACAUGAAUAAAAAUACCAAGCAAUAGCUUUA